AUGACUUCUACAUCUUCGUUUAGAUCUAAAAAACUAUACGGUAAACUACCGUCACAUCAAACUCAAUCUUCUAAAUCAUCAUAUGAAAGAAGGCUGCCAUCAUCUUUAUCACAUAGAAAUGAUUCUUCCUCAUACAGUCCAUAUUCUCGAACAAGUAAUAACAACAAUAACAACAGCAGUAAUAAUGCAUUACCGCCACCAUCACCAACGCAUAAUAACAAUUCAUCAUAUUCAAGGAAUGAAAGUCAUCAUUAUCAACAACAACACCACAAUCAUUAUUCUUAUCAUCAUCGUUCAACAUCCUCUUCUUAUUCCUCCUCCUCCAUUUACCAUGGAUCUUCUUCAUAUCCAUCAGAACAACCAUCACAACCAUCACAACCAUCACUACAACCCAAUAAUACAUCAACUGUCAGUAGUUCUUUAAAUGUUAAUCACUCUCCACAAAAAACUUUAUUUGAAACACCUACAAAACCUAUUCAAAUUCCUGUAUUUGCUCCAACAUAUGAAGAAACUAGUGUUAGAAAAUCACAAAUAGAUCUUGAUAAAGCAAGUUGGGAAUUGAAGAAAGUCAUUCAUCAAACUGCUUUGGCAACUAGACAAAUCGAAAUACUUUUCUCUAACAACGAAAAAGAAGUUGAAGCUUUAAAUAAAUUAGCAGAAAAAGAAAUUGCUGUAAACAAAGGUGAAUUUAGAUUAAAAUAA